AUGGAGAUCUUAAAGACCCAAAAAUCAUGCCUCCUUUUCUUUCUUGUAGUACUCUCUUUCUCAAUUUGCCCGGGACAAUCUAUACCUCCAGCAGGCACGACGGAAACAACUACAAACCAGCAGCAAGCUCCUUCUGGCGUCCCCCAAACUGAAGGGAAUAAUGCUCCAUUGCUCCCUUCCCCUCCCAAUGAUGCCCCUAUUAACAAAAUUCCAUUUGCCAAACCUGUUGGCAAUGGCAACCAAGGGCAGCAAUCUCAGACGGGUUACCAACGGCAACAAGAGCCUAACUAUCCGCAACAGAGCAUCAACCAGCCUCUGUCAGGCUAUAAUCAGCCAUAUUCUACAGUAAACCAGCCUUACUCCGGAUUGAAUCAGCCAUUCUCAAAUUAUCAGCCUUUUGGGGCUACUAACCAACAGGGCUCAGUGGAAAACGCUGCUUUUGAUAAUGGGGUUUCAAAGGAGAACGCUUGCAUUCAAGGUGUUGUCUUGGUUUCUCUAGUUACUUCGAUGGUUUCCUUUGGGUUUCUUGUUUAA